AUGAAGCUCCACGCCCUCGCUCUUGCCGCCCUCUUUGCCACGGCCAUUGCCGUCCCCUAUGCCGGGUCCUCGGGCGACGGCUCGGGCAGUGACAAUGGCGGCGACGGCCGCGACGGCCGCGACGGCAGCGACGGCAGCGACGGCAACGGUGGCAGCGGCGGCAACGGUGGCAGCGGCGGCAACGGUGGCAGCGGCGGCAACGGCGGCAGCAUUGCCAUCUACGAGGCUUGCCCAUCUGGCCUCAUUGGCUCCUACCCGCAGUGCUGCACGGUUGAUAUCCUCGACGUCCUGAGCCUCGAUUGCAAGCCUGUCCCUCGCACCCCGACAUCCGCUCUCGACUUCAAAGAGGCCUGUGCUUUGGUCGGCGGCUCGCCCGAGUGCUGCACCGUUCCCAUUGCCACUCUUGGUCUCCUCUGCGAGGCUCCUCCGGGCACUUUGUAA